AUGGCUCAUGCAGAUGCGGCACUCUCUGUUGGAGAGAUAUCCGCGAUGUGUGACGCAGACCUAGCCGAGUUCAUGUUAGCACACCGCGGCGAUGAUGGCAACUUCAAUCUUCCCAUCAAGGGGCUGGAGAAGCUGUCAGAGGAUCAACGAAGCGCGUUAGCUCAGCGGUUGCAAGUCCAAACCUCUCUUCGAGCACAGAGCCCCAGUACAUGUACUCGUCCAUUAGACAUAAACGAUCUCGAUGCGCGCUUGCGUCGGAUAUCGCCCACAAGAUCGCCGAGCCCACGGGAGGACUCCGUCUCGCGGUCGGCCUCCAGCACGCCGCCCCUCGAUACGAAGGCGCAGGCCAUGUACAACGAAACCAACGCUUACGAAAAGCUCGUUUCUGAAGGCGGUCGCCCUCUGUACGACAUCAACAUCAUGGAAGCUGUUUACGAGCACCCCGAACGUUUUGCAGAAAUGCUCCGGCCGUGGCAGGAAUAUCUGGCGCGAGUCACCCCCUUGGGUGUCUUCCAGCGACAACUACAGCAUUGGCAGGGCUUCCGCAGGUGGCAACAGGACAACCGCGGCCACGAAGUCUGUGAAGAUGCUGAAGGAUUUGCUGCCUACAUCUCGAGCGCAAAAGAACGGAUCGAGCAGGAUGCCUUGCACAACUCACGCGCAGCGCGCCUGGCCCAGAUUGAGGCUAAUCCGUCAUGUCUCCGGUCUGGCUGGCUUGCACAACGGACUCAACGGGAAAAGGAACGACGGGUCAUCCGAGAGGCGGGCUGCCUUGGGUUUCACGACUAUGUCCAAGCAGUCCACAAGAGCUUGAAGCGCCACGGCUGCAACCAUACACCGGACCUCGAUGAAAUUCCACAGAAACAGGACCGACUUUCGACAUGGAUCGAGUACCUCAACUACGAAUACUGGUGGCUUGACAGGCUUAACACCAAGAUGGAGCAGUUGCGGCCAGAGUACAACGAGCUGUGGAAAGCUCUUGUCGUCGAGGCAAGUCUGAAGCCGCACGAGACCGAAGAAUAUAUACGAACGACUGAGUCUGGAGUGGAGUGUGAUCGCGAACGAACACAAGCUCGAGCAGCUGUCGAAGAAGCAAAGAGUCAAGCAAAGCGCGUCUACCGGAGCACUCAGACGGAUCCGAGUCGUCUGAACAUCCCGCAAGAGGAGAGAAUCUUGAAAUUGAAGGUGGCUUCAGAGACACUCCUUUCGGCGAAGAGACAUUACAAGCAAGCACAGGACCGCGCAAAACUCAUCCUGUCGUUUGUGAGAAAAACAUUCGAUUAUGACAAAGCCGUGAGGGAUGUCGCUCGACACCGCGUACUCGUUGAAUGGGUCUCGAGUCAAACUUCGCUUGUCGAAGCAGAGGUGCACGCAAUGCGGACAAGGACGAGGUUGAAGAGGAAGCUUCAGGUCGAACAACAACCCUGCACCAAGAAGGCGAAAUUCAUGGAGCCGGAGACGGAGGCUGUGGCUUGUCGAGCUGAUUUCAUCGCCUCGCAAUGUGAUCAGACGGACGACGGGAACCAGAGGGAAAGCCCGGAACUGCGAAGCAAAGGGCAUGGCCGAGGCUCAUCAUGGCGGAAUAGGGCUAUGGUUGCAGCAAUAUCUCCAGCAUCCCGCCGCAGCGCACGCAUUACAUCGCACAAGACUCGGGGACUUACGGCUUCUCAUGAUGGCUGUCGUCGCAGCCCGCGCAUAGCUGAACGUGACGGAUGUAGGAGGUCAAAUGUGCCCUGA